CGCGGCGGCCAGGAGCCCGACCGGCCGCCGCUCUCAGGGUUUUUACCUCCUAUAACUCCACCGGAAAGGUUUUUCCUGUCCCAGCUGAUGCUGGCACCCCCAAGGGAACUCUUCAAAAAGACGCCUCGACAGAUCGCGCUAAUGGACGCGGGGAACACGGGCCAGUCCGUGGACAUCAGUGGGCUUCAGCUGGCCCUGGCAGAACGCCAGUCAGAAUUGCCCACGCAGAGUAAGGCCAGCUUCCCCAGCAUUCUCAGCGACCCGGACCCGGACUCUUCCAAUUCUGGAUUUGACAGCUCGGUUGCCUCUCAGAUCACGGAAGCUUUGGUCAGUGGACCCAAGCCACCCAUUGAAAGCCACUUUCGGCCGGAGUUCAUCCGCCCGCCGCCUCCACUGCACGUCUGUGAGGACGAGCUGGCGUGGCUCAAUCCCACCGAGCCUGACCACGCCGUGCAGUGGGACAAGUCCAUGUGCGUGAAGAACAGCACUGGCGUAGAGAUCAAGCGGAUAAUGGCCAAAGCCUUCAAAAGCCCCCUGUCUUCUCCUCAGCAAACACAGCUCCUUGGAGAGUUGGAAAAAGACCCCAAACUUGUUUAUCAUAUUGGCCUCACACCGGCCAAACUCCCUGACCUGGUGGAGAACAACCCUCUAGUGGCUAUAGAAAUGUUGCUGAAGCUAAUGCAGUCAAGCCAGAUCACGGAGUACUUUUCAGUUCUGGUCAACAUGGACAUGUCAUUACAUUCAAUGGAAGUUGUAAAUCGACUGACUACAGCUGUUGAUCUACCUCCUGAAUUUAUCCACCUUUAUAUAUCAAAUUGCAUUUCUACCUGUGAACAAAUUAAGGAUAAAUACAUGCAGAAUCGUCUGGUGCGGCUCGUGUGUGUCUUUCUUCAGUCCCUGAUCCGUAACAAAAUCAUCAACGUGCAGGACUUGUUUAUAGAAGUGCAGGCCUUCUGCAUUGAGUUCAGCAGGAUACGCGAGGCCGCCGGCCUCUUCCGGCUGUUGAAGACCCUGGAUACUGGGGAGGCGCCUUCUGAGACCAAGAUGUCAAAGUGAUACCUCACUGCAGCCGCCCCAUUCAUUGCUCAGCUGUACUGAUUUAAGUUUUAAACCCGUUAAAGCCCUGAAUGGACUGCUUGGUUACUGCGCAUAAACACCACUUUAUCUACUUAAAGCAAAGUUUUGCCUUCCUGGAUGACUUUUCCUUCAGAUGAAUUUUUGGUAAGAACUUGGAAAAAAUGUGUCUUGGCGUCUUGCUGAUGAUAAACCAUGGGAGGAACGUCAUCCAGAAGUUACUGCAAAAAGCAGAUGAGGUCUUUAGCACCACAGAGCAGGGUGCCUGUUUUUGCUUAAAACAUGAGUCACGGGCUUCCGAUCCUUGAACCCAUUCCUGUGCGUGGCUCUUCACUUUGUGAGCCACAGACACACCCGUAAUUUGUCCCUUCUUGUUGCGGGGACUUAAACAGCCGCAUCAGUCAUUUCUUGGGCUUUCUGUUAACACUGGAACUCUUUAGAAACGUUUUUUGAGACCCGCUAGCUGGUAUCGUUUUCUGGGCUUUCUCUCUUGAGAUGUUCGUUCGUUCUUCUGUUACUAGUCUAGGUCGUCAGUGCCGUGGAGGAACUGUCGUCCCUGGGGACUGUCACGUAGGCUGGUCACCGAGUGGGGUCUGUGGCCCUGCCCGCAUCGUGUAUGCUGUCACCCCUCAUUUCACUUUGGACAACAGUGCCUUACAUUAAAGUUUUUUAUGACCUCUAUUA